GUUAUAAUUGCCUCUCACCCCCCGGAGGGGUUAUUUUGGGGGUGGUUGGAGGCGGCGGCGCGGCGGCGAGGAGGGGAGUUUCCUGGUGCCUCCGUUCCCGGGAGGGGGAGCGGCGUCGAGGCCACCGUCCCCAGCAUCAGCAACAGCAACUUGUGAUUGGCGGUACCGGAUAUUUCACUUGCACAUCCGCACAUCAAUGCACUGCCAAUGAUGAGGAAACUGAGACCUUUGACUAUAACAGAGGUCUCCUGACUCAGUCCAGGACUCUUUGUAUUACGUCAUGCUGCUUGAUGUUUGUCUUUACGGAACUCAGCAACAUCAUAUACAGGGGUUAUAUCCUGUGUUGUGACCUCAUGGUUUAAGUGGGAAUAAAGAUGAGUAUAAGCAGUGAUGAGGUCAACUUCUUGGUAUAUAGAUACUUGCAAGAGUCAGGAUUUUCUCAUUCAGCAUUUACCUUUGGUAUAGAAAGCCAUAUAAGUCAGUCUAAUAUAAAUGGUGCCCUUGUCCCACCUGCUGCAUUGAUUUCUAUCAUCCAGAAAGGUCUACAGUAUGUAGAGGCGGAAGUUAGUAUUAAUGAGGAUGGUACCUUGUUUGAUGGUCGACCCAUAGAGUCUCUGUCCCUGAUAGAUGCCGUAAUGCCUGAUGUAGUACAAACAAGACAACAAGCUUACAGAGAUAAGCUUGCACAGCAACAAGCAGCAGCUGCUGCAGCUGCUGCAGCUGCAACUAACCAACAAGGUUCUGCGAAAAAUGGAGAAAACACCGCAAAUGGGGAGGAGAAUGGAGCACAUACUAUAGCAAAUAAUCAUACUGACAUGAUGGAAGUGGAUGGGGAUGUUGAAAUUCCUCCUAAUAAAGCAGUUGUGUUACGGGGCCAUGAAUCUGAAGUUUUCAUCUGUGCCUGGAACCCUGUUAGUGAUCUCUUGGCAUCAGGGUCUGGAGACUCAACAGCAAGAAUAUGGAAUCUUAGUGAAAAUAGCACCAGUGGCUCCACACAGUUAGUACUUAGGCAUUGUAUACGGGAAGGUGGGCAAGACGUACCAAGCAACAAGGAUGUAACAUCUCUAGACUGGAAUAGUGAAGGUACCCUUCUAGCAACUGGUUCAUAUGACGGAUUUGCCAGAAUAUGGACUAAGGAUGGUAAUCUUGCUAGCACCUUAGGGCAGCAUAAAGGCCCUAUAUUUGCAUUAAAAUGGAAUAAGAAAGGAAAUUUCAUCCUAAGUGCUGGAGUAGAUAAGACUACAAUUAUUUGGGAUGCACAUACUGGUGAAGCCAAGCAGCAGUUUCCUUUUCAUUCAGCACCAGCAUUGGAUGUUGACUGGCAGAGCAACAACACCUUUGCUUCAUGUAGUACAGAUAUGUGCAUUCAUGUCUGCAAAUUAGGACAAGACAGACCUAUUAAAACAUUCCAGGGACAUACGAAUGAAGUAAAUGCUAUCAAGUGGGACCCCACUGGCAAUCUUCUGGCCUCCUGUUCUGAUGACAUGACUUUGAAGAUAUGGAGCAUGAAACAAGAUAAUUGUGUACAUGAUUUGCAAGCACAUAAUAAAGAAAUUUAUACUAUCAAAUGGAGUCCAACCGGACCAGGGACAAAUAAUCCAAAUGCCAACCUUAUGUUAGCAAGUGCGUCCUUUGAUUCUACUGUUAGGUUAUGGGAUGUAGACCGAGGGAUUUGCAUCCAUACUUUGACAAAACACCAAGAACCUGUGUACAGUGUUGCUUUCAGUCCCGAUGGCAGGUAUCUGGCAAGUGGUUCUUUUGACAAAUGUGUGCACAUCUGGAACACACAGACAGGUGCUCUAGUUCACAGCUAUAGGGGAACAGGUGGAAUUUUUGAAGUUUGCUGGAAUGCAGCAGGAGACAAAGUUGGAGCCAGUGCAUCAGAUGGUUCAGUUUGUGUAUUAGACCUUCGGAAAUAGCGCUACUAGUUGGAAGCCAUGGACCGACUAUGAAUGUGUACAUAGCCAAAAUGACUGUCCCUGACCCAUGUACUGCUACAGUCCCACUUGAACCAUGGCCAGUCCACUACAGCCAAAUCUAAGAGAAGUAUAUACAUACAAUGUAUAUAAACAAAAUUGCACCCUGAAGAUGACAGAGUUUUGUCACAGCUUGUGAAUUCUGUUCACCAAGUGCUGGAAUCUAAUCUGCUGUGCCCCUAAAAUAGCAUUUAGAAGUUUGGGAUAUGAAAAACAGAAGAGAGAAAGAAAUAUACGCUAUAAAAGCAGACCAUAUAUGUACCAGAGUUUGGAUACUAAUGACAGCCUUGUUUCUCCCCUUUGAAUCAAUCAGCAGACACCAUGGAUUCUAUUCUUUUUUCCCUUCAGUAGUGAGCAGUUUGUAUGUACAGAGAAAAUGGACGUAACAAAACUCGCAGCAGUAGUUUGUUCUUGCUUUUAAAUUUUGUUUUUGGUUUGAUUAUGGAUGCAUGAAGUAAGGGAGUGAAUCAGUUUCUUGUUUAUAAUUUUUUUCACCUUUUAAACAACAAAAAAUUUCUUAAGAAUACUUUAAAGCAUUCUUUUGAAGAGGUAGAUGUUUGGUACAUUUUUGGCUCCCAGAGCAUAUAUUCAACUGGUGCAUAUUGUGGAAGGGGGCAUUGGAAGUUAAAUGAAAGCAUAGGACUUUGGUCAUGUCAACCUAGAAGAGACAUCCGUAAAGAAGGAUAUUAUGCUCUGUUUCUGUUUCUAUUUCUAUUUCUCUCUCUGUCUCUCUGUCUCUAUUUCUCUCUCUGUCUCACUAUAUUUUAUUUUAGUGAUGUGGCUUAAAUACAAUAGGUUAUUUUGGGGGACAUAUUUCUGCCAAUUAAAUACUAGAAGGGCACAAAUGUUUUGUUUUUCUUUAAGUACCAUAUUGAAGAUACAAAAAAAAAAUCUUCUGAUGUUUUGUAACCAUAAGUAAAUUAUGGUUAAAAUGUGCACUAUUGUGAAAAGGAGCAAAGUAGUUUGGGGCUUUUUUUAAAAAUUUGUUUUGCUUUGAUUUUUAAGAGAUUAAAAUGUUUCUGGAUGAGGAUUAGCUUCUCAAAGUGUCCAUCAUUCUGUAUAGAAGCUUAAAUAUGUAAUGUAACCAAACUCCAGUAUUAAAAAUCUCUCAUGUUAUUUUCCUUUAUACAAAGCAAGGUAACGGCAUAUAACACUGCCAUUACAUGGCAAAAUGUUUGCUACCUUAGUUUAAAAACAAUCUUUAAGACAAAAGACUUGCUUCAAGGUGUUUUUAAAUAGCAGUGAUUCAGAAUUUUAAAAAGAAAAAAAAAGUGAUUGCACUAACCUCCCUGCUGCUCUGACUCUGCAUUUGUGGUACUCGUGACUACAUUUUCUCAAAUAUAGAUAGAUUUACGCUGCUAUUUUUUUUCCCCCAGAAAUCACUACUAUAUCCUGUCCUUUACUCUGUUUAUAUCAAGUAUUUUCUUAAAAAAUAUAGGUAUCAAAUCAAAUUUCCUCUUGUGCUCAUGCAGCUAAAAGUAAAGUAAUAGGUAAAUGUUAGCAUGAGCCAUGCCUAUGUGUGUGAUUUAGUAGGGCUUGUCAUGAUCUGCAUAAGAAUCCAGGAUUAUCAAUUUUAAAGAAAAUAGUUGUCAAAUUUUUAUCUUAAAAUUUUUUAAUUAAGGAAUUGCUUAUGAUCAAGCUUAGCAAAUUUAUAACACUAUUUCUGUUCCUAAUUAUUUUGAGGGCUUUACUAGUAAAAGUUUAACCUAUGUUCUAAGUUGAACUAGAAAUUGAUUUAACCCAAGUAAUGCAACUUUUUAUUUUCAGCAUCUGUUGUUUUGCUAUUUUUACAAAAUAGCAUUGAUUGAAGCAAGUCUUAGUUUACUAAGGUAGGGUAGCAUUUGCUAUUGGUAAAAAGAAUACGUACACUUAAUUUCACUAUACAUUGCUAUAUGUACCCCAGUUGUGGUUAGUGGGGGCUAUGAUACUGUAAUGUUUUUUAAAAUUUACACCCAGAGAGGCAGUCAUUCACGAUGGUUUUGUGCCAGUUGUUUUUAGGGUUUUGGAUCACGUUAGAGGUAUUUAGAACUAACUGCCCUGUGACUUACGUAGGAAACCUAAUAUGCUGAGUAUCUGGCACUUGAUAUCCUGCUUUUAUUGCUAGAGGUCCACAUCUGUGUUUGACCUCUCUUGUUGUUUAAAAAAAUAAAUAAAAAUAAAAAAAUCUGUGCAAUAAUUUUUAAAUGUGCUCCCAGGAAUAGACACAAAUGUUUUGAGUAUGUUUAAGCUGCAUUUUCCUUUAGCGAUGCAUUGUCAAUUGCACUGAAUUUAAAUCUGAAAGUCAGAGGUGAUUAUUGAUAGUACUUUUGUAUUUUGAUAUGGACAAUUUAUUCAUUUGCAUACAGUUAAUGACUUUUUUCCCAGCUGAUUUAAAAGAUAGUCAAGAAAUUCUGCAAUAUAGCUGCCAAAAUAGACAGCUACAUUUUUAUGAUAUUGUCAUCUUUUCUGUUUUUUUAUUCUUCUGCUAUUUUACUUAAAGCAUAAUAGCCACGAUAGGACAUACAUAUAAAAGAGUAUAAAUUCAGAGCUUUAUUAUCCUGAAGUCUUGGGUCUUUCAAGUAUAACCUUCUCUGAAAGGUGUCCAUCUCAUAGGCUGGUUCUUCAUGAGCAUCCAUGUGUUGGGUUUUGCUGCUGUUCUCAACAUCACCAUUGCCUGCUGUGUGCCACCAUGCUGCUCCAAUAGACAUGAAUAAGAUUGUCUCUAAUUGAGCAGUAACAUGAUUGCAAGAGACCAAGUUUCACAGCCUGUAAAAGUUCUAUAUUUGAGGUUCUUACUCAUUUUUCCUCCCAUUUUCUCAUGAGAACAAUUUAUUCCUGAAGAUCAGCUGAAUGCAGUAGUUUUUCUAUAGUAUUCACUACAAAUCAUUAUUUUUUAUGCUACCAUUAUGAAAUUUAAUCGUAAGGAAAAAUAGGAAGGAAAACUUGAAUGAAUUCUUACUGAUUUAAAUAAAAUAAGGAGCAGCUGCCACUCUUAAAUGUCAUAAAGGAAUAUUUUUUUUUUUCUUCUCCAUGUAGGAAGUCUCUUAAGUACUUAUCUUUCUUCUAAUCCCCCUUUCCUGUAAUUGAUCAGGUAAUAUCAUUGAUUUUAAAAUGAGUUUUAGAAGUGGUAACUGGUAAUUUCCUAAUAGGUCUUAGCGUGUAUCAAAUUCUGUUUUAAGGAAUUAUUCUCUAGGUAAAGUAUGUUUUAGGAUUAAACACCUUUUACAGAUACUGAAAGUGCCUCCUUUUGUGGUGUAAAAAACAAAUUAUGGUGCAAAAAGUAAUCAUUAGAUUGAAUUACAUGAAGGUUUUUUGCUUUUUGACAUAAAAAUGUCAAGAGAAAGGCCAAAGAUUUGUACUUUUUCACUUAACUUAUAAAGCACUCCUUUUUUCCUUAAACUUCUUUCUGUCAAAUUAGAUUUAAUGAGAGAGUACUAUUUUUAAGGAGCUAUCUGUUUAUGUAGAAUGAUUUUGUUAAGAGUAAUGUAAACUAUUAAUGAGUAGAGGCCUAAAGAGGGCUGUGCAUUUUUGCUAUUUAAAGGAAUCAUAAAUGACCAUACUUUGAGAGAGCAAAAAUGACAAGUUUUACUAGAUGCUUAGAAAAACAAAUCUCAUGCAGUGCUAUUUACUCUUUUAAGACCAUUUUCAUUUUCUUAAGCACAUUGUAUGUUUCUACAGAACCUGUGUUCAUGCUCACAUACUAAGGACGGUACUUGCAUAUGGUGAAUUACUAUUGACAGUUUUGCAGAAAUCUUGUUUCACUGGACCAACAUUGUGGCAUGGCAGCAAAUGCCAACAUUUUGGGGAAUAGCAGCAAACCUACAGAGACCCUGGUUGUUGUUGUUGUUGUUGUUUUUGUUGCUGUUGUUUGUUUGUUUGUUUUUGGUUCCCUUCCCUUCCCUUCUCUGAAUCAGCAGGGGUGGCUGGAGGGUAGGGAGCUUAUGAAUUACUCCUUCCAGUAGUAGCUCUGAGUGUCACGUUUAAUAUCAAUUUUUAACAUGAUUCUAGUUAAGUGUAGAAGAGAGAGAAAAAGAGGAAGUAUUCACUUUUUUAAUACACUGAUUUAGAAAUUUGAUGUCUUAUAUCAGUAGUUCUGAGGCAUUGAUAGCAUCCUUUAUUUCUGCCUUUACGUUGACAGUGUUGAAGCAGGGUGAAUAACUAAACUAGGGCAUAUUUUUCUUUUCUAGUGAGCUGCUUCAUGAUGUUUUCUUUGGAAUUUCUGGAUAAGUUCAAGAAAAUGUUCUGCAUGUUGUAUCUAGUCUGAUGUACUUAUCCAUCUCAUUACAGACAAAAACACACAGACUGCAUUUUGUAGCUCUGUAAUCCUUGAAUACAGAAGUAAUUUUCUUCUUUCCUAACUUUGACAUUGUAGCUAUAAUGUUUUCAUUUUGAUUUUUCCAAAUCCUUUGGGUCUAAUUCUGUGAGCCUACCUGUAGCACUGGAUUAAAAUGUCUGCAUCAUUUCUUUAGUUAUCCGGUUAACUUUAAAACUGUUGUAAAAGUGUAAACCAGCCCAUGACAGUUUUUUGUACAUGUUAAAGAACUUAUUGUUCAGUUUUCAUGAUUAUUGUGUAAGGAAGACUGAUGAAGAUGUUCUAUGCUGUCCUGGACCAUGUUAAUUACACUUACAAUGUAUUUGGUUCCACAUCACAAUGAUUUGUCCCCAAUGACUCUUUUAUCCUUUCUAGGCACAUUUUUUUGUUGUUGUUGUUGCAGUUUCCCUUUGCAUUGUAUUGCUUUGACAACUGUAAUUUGAAUCAGAUCUGAAAGAGGUCCAGAAUAAAAUAUAUUUUGAUAUUAUGUUGGCUGUGUACAUAUAUAAAACCUUUGAUAUCUCUGUAGUUUGUAUAGACUCCUUAGUCAAGUAAAGAGAGGGAUAGUAUUUCUUGUUUACAAUUUAUUGUUUACAUUUUCAUGCUUUUAUUCCUCCAGUGUUUUACUGUAGAAUAAACCUUUUGUUCUGAGCUAGUCUUUAUGACAGAAAAAUCUGUUCUCCCUCACUGGUGUGAGCAAUUACAACAGUAACCGCCAUCAGAACCAAACCACUCUUAUCAUGAGCAUCGCUUUCCAACUCAUAUACUUUAAGCCCAUAGAUAGAAUGAAAUUUUUUGCUAUUUUAUUACUUCUUGCAGGAGAUAAGAUUUUUUAAAAUGAAGGGAUUAUUUUCUAUUUUUAUUAAAGAAUAAUAGAGCAUCUAACCAGCUAAGGGGUAGAGGUUAUUAUCCCUUGCUUUAGAGAAACUUACCUAGAGAAACUGAUGAUGUAUUUAAAGGACAUUAUCUCACAUAACUAAGGAGACCACAGAUGCAUGCAGUUGAGCACAAAACAAUGAGUAUAUGUUGUUGAAGAUUUUGGGGGCAGGAGGUUCAGUUUCUUAGUAACAUUUUUCCCUUCACAUAGACCCAUUAUUUAAUCAUUUUCUUCCUUUGCUAGUUGCUUAUGUUAGUACCAGCUAAUAAUCUAGGAGCAAAGCUACUAACCACUCCUUUCAGGUUUAAUUAAUCACAACUCCUUUACAGUUACUUGAGAGAUUUUAAAAAGAGAACCCUUGAGCACAUUUUUUUGUUAUUUUCCUCUGAUUUUCAAAAACUUGUCUUCUCCACAUCUCCUGCCUUUUCCUAGCCAUUUCCCU